CGGGGCUCUGAUCUGCCGCUCGCUCGCUCCAUAGCAGCCGCUGCAGUCCGGCGGCGCUUGUCAGCCUUUCAAACGCCUCUCAACACUGCGGCCGCUGAGCGUGAGGAGCUGCGUUUUUAAACAAAUAUAAUAAUAACUAAGAAACCUCCUUAUAUUAAAAAAGAAAGAAAAGUAUCAUGUCGGAGGAGUUUCAGUCCCCCUCCGUCUCGUCCUCCGCCCGUCUCGACGACAUUAUGGAAGACUCAACUCGAGAAGGCGCCGAGAAGGCCGCCGCCGCCGCCGACUCGCCGCCUCUCAAACCCGGGGCCGGCGAUGCGCCCGUCUUCCCCCCCACCACUCCUCCGCCGGUGCCGGCGCCCAGGACCUUCGAGCCCGCAGACAGCUAUGGCGGGAGCAGCGACGAGUCGCCCCCGCCUCUGCCCGCCAGGAGUCGGCCUGAGCCCGACUCCACCUCGGUGCCCGCUGCGCCCUCGGAGAUGGCCAGGACGCGCCCAGAAUCAAUGGACGAACCCUUUUUUUCUCCCUCUGUUACACCUGAAUGUGUCAUACAGCCUGCAGACUUUUCUAUCAACUUGAAAGAUCAGCCAUCUAGCGGUGAACCUGUGAGCCCACAGGAUGCUGCAGCUGUGCAUGUUGAACCUGUUCCUGUCUUCUCUAUAUCCUCCUUUUCUUCUGAUUCUGUUACUGAAUUAACAAUGUCUGCACAAGCAGUCCACGCUGAUGAUGUUAUGCAAACUGAAGUUCCUGCAAAUACAAUUUUACCUUCAAUUUCUGGUUUUGUGGAAAAUACAGUGGAUAGACAAGCAGCAGACAAUUUAGAAAUGGCUGACACUCAUGCUCAAGAGGCACAGGUGAAGCCAGCGAUAAGAAAAGCAUCAGAAUUAGACACGCUAAUUUCUGUUGAUGAAUGUUCAGUUCAGUACAAUGAACAGCAGUGUGUGGAGUCAAAUGAAAGUGAACUUAAAAGGACUAUAUCUUUGCUUGAAAAAACAAUGAAUGAACAAGACACAGUAGAUAAGGAAGGACUUGUGAUAAACAAUAAGAACACAACCAUAGAAAAAAUUGAAUUGGCGAAUAAAAGGGAUGAUGAGUUGGGACCUCAUUUAGACUUAAUAUACGAGAAAAAAGCAGGUGCGUUACCUUUAAACAGAAUUGUUGAGGAAAAUGAAUCCAUGCAUGGCAUUUUCGGUUUCAAAGAGCAAACAAAACCAACAGACAGUGGUCUCAACUUUUGUUAUGGACACCCUUUAGAAAUAAAGGAAAGGAAUGAGCUGAAUUCUCGUACAGCUGCUACCAAUGAUGCCAAUAAAGCCAGUACUAAUGUACCCGCAAUGUCAGAGAGUGCUGUGCUUCAAGAUCACAAUUUUUUGGACAUUCUACAUGGUACUGAAAAGAAAACUAUAGCUAAAGGAAAUGUGAAGCUAGAUUAUACAGAUGUGGACUCUCUUUUGGAAUUGUCGGAACAAGAUGGCAAACUGUCACCAACUGAAACAUAUUUUGCUCUUUCACAAAUUUCAGUUGAAGAUGAACCUCAAACAUGCAUUUCUUACGCUGCAUUUGAUUCAUCCGACAUGUUAAUGUCUUCACAGUCUGACCACUUCAGCCAUGAAAUUAUUUCUGCAUAUGAUGCUACUUCUAGAGGAAAAACUGAAUGGAAAGAAACCUCAAAGUUGCCAUUACCUUCAACUGUCCUCGAGUCAGAAGUGACCACAAAGGAUGAAGAUGAAGCAAAACCUCUCUCUCCAAUAGAUUCUAGAAACAAACUAGUUUCUAAAUUAGAUGCAACAUCUGCUUCUGAAAUGAAUUCACAAAUAAAUUGUGGUUUAGCAGUUGUGCCAGAUCAGUUAAUAAAAACUGAUAUUUUGGCUGAAGAUAUGACCUCGGAACAAACUGCUCAAAAUUUUGUGCUAGACCAAUCGCAAGCAAUCUCGCAAAUUGAGUUGUGUGAGGUGGCUGUAGGUGUUGAAACAUCAGAGUUGUGUGAGGUGGCUGUAGGUGUUGAAACAUCAGAAGAUUUCUUUACAAUAGAAACAACACAAUCUACGCCAGAGGUGCUCAAACCUUUUGAACCACUACUGUCUACCUUAGAACAGUGUACUAUAGGCAUAUCUGAAGAAGUACAGGGUCUAUCCGACCAGCCUGUAAAGACACCAAGUCGUACAGAUACAGGUGAUGUUGAAGUUAUCACAGAUCCUAGGUAUGUGAAAGUACAGUCUCUUGCUCAAAAUGAGAGUAAAGUGCAUCCUGUGUACGCUUCUAUGUAUGAUGCUGCAAGUAGCACUCCAGAAGUAACAAAAAUACAGCAUUUGUUUGAGGAUCAGAAGAUUGUGCAAAAUAGCGUUAGUGAGGAUCCUGUAGUCGGCCUAGAGCAAAUUCCAAUUCUUCAAGAAUCAAAUUUAUCACAGCACCUGUUUAGUACCAAUAAAGAGUCGGUAAUUAAAGAUGAGGAUCUCUAUAAACGUUCAGGAUACAAAGAGUCAAAUAUAUCUCAAAGUACAAAUAAAUCAAUAAAUGAUUCCAUUAAACAAGAAUUAAUAUUAAGUAAGUUUGAGGAAGAGACUUGCACUCCAACAUCACUUACUCCAAAACAAGUCUCAGCAAACGCAUAUGUAACAGUGAAAAGACAAGAUGUGGCUUUAUGCAAUGAAAUUAUCAGCAUCAAAUUUGAACCAAUAAUGGAAGCUUUGGGUGAUUUAACAGAGGGAAUGAAGCCUUUUGAAAAAAUGAUGACUGAUUACAAACAAUGUUCACUUAAAACGCCAUCACUCCAAGAUCAAAUUGAAACUCCCAUGCUAAUUAAAAAUGUAACUCAAGAUGAUCUGGCUGGCUCAGUAAAGGUUACAGACAAAAUCAUGUUAGAAAUUAUGCCAAGCCUUCAGGAAGCUUCUGGAGAAUUGCUGUCCAGUUUACACAUGAAGGAGAAGUGUGCUGAAUCUAUUCAUUCUUUGAUUGAAGAUAUUAAUACAACAGUCCCACCAUCAGUGUUCAGUGCAGAUCUUUUAACUGUUGAUAAAGGGCAUCCUCUACAAACUUCUGCUGAAGAGACUUGUUUGAAUAUUUCCCAGCCGGUUACUUCGCCGCUUGCUUUUUCACAGGAUAAAUUUCCAGAAGGUUGGGAAAAUCUUAGUGAAAUGAAUAUUAAAACUGGCCAUUCAGAAAUAUUGGAGGAUGCACAGGGAGAGAUGAUGCCUGUUGCUUCAUUUGCCUUGAAUGAGGAAGUAGCAAAAGCUUCAAAGGAGGUUGUUUCAAAAAUCUUAGAAACCAGUGUUGCAUUAACAGAAGUGCUAGGAGAGAAGGAAGGAACCAGACCAAUGUGUGUACCACAGCAGGAAGCAGAGAUCGCCUUUAUUGUUGAAGAUGAUGACAUAAGGAAGAAAAGUAUUCCUGUUGCAUUACUGAUGCCUGACUUGACAAUUGGUGCCAGAAACACUGGCAUACCGGGAGAUUCUGCUGAUGCUGUUAUUGCAGAUAUUUCAGUAAAGCAGGACAAAAAUUCAGUUGUGGACUUAAUCUAUUGGCGUGAUAUUAAGAAGACUGGACUAGUAUUUGGUGCAAGCCUCUUCUUGUUGCUGUCUAUGACCAUUUUCAGCAUUGUCAGUGUAAUUGCGUACCUUGGCCUGGCUGUACUUUCAGUUACUAUUAGUUUCAGGAUUUACAGAGGUAUUCUGCAAGCAGUGCAGAAGUCUGAUGAUGGACACCCUUUCAAGGCCUGCUUGGAGAAAGAUGUUGCUGUUUCUGAUGAAUUGGUACACAAGUAUAGUGAUAUUGGACUAGGACAUGUUAACCAUGUGAUUACUGAAUUAAGACGGCUGUUUCUUGUUCAAGACUUGGUGGAUUCCCUGAAGUUUUCAGUGCUGAUGUGGCUGCUCACAUAUGUUGGUGCCUUGUUUAAUGGGUUGACUCUGCUGAUAAUAGCUCUGGUAGCAGUUUUCAGCAUUCCAGUUGUCUAUGAAAGGCACCAGGCUCAAAUUGAUCAUUACUUGGGGAUAGUAAGCAAACAGAUUAGAGAUGUCACCGCCAAGAUUCGAGCUAAAGUUCCUGGUCUGAGGAAGAAAACAGAGUAGUAUCCUGCCCUGCGUUUCAUGGCAUGUUGUCUGCAGGGCUAUCACUCGAUUGUCACAGGGAGGGUUGGGAAGAACAAAAUAGCCUUGGAACUGCAGUGUAAUUUGCAAAUCUUUUACAUUUUGGUAGUAACUGAAACAGUGUUUAACUGCAGUCAUGAUCUAUUAUAUCUCAAAUACUAACGUACAACAUUUGAAGUCAGUUUAUUUAUCUGAUAUGGUACAGAAAACACUGGUUUGUAUUAAAGAUUUGAGAAGCUGUACAUUGCACUUGUCAGGGUUAGUGUCUUAUGUGUAACAAAUCAUGGUGCAGUAGGAGUUUUGAGUAUUCCCACCCUCCACCCCAUCCCCAGUUUGCACACUGUAGAAUCUAUGCUGUGAGGUUGUUGCAAAUUUCUAAUCCCUGAUGAUUAUAUUUACUGUACCAUUUUAGUGAUAUUGAGGUCUUGCUUUUCUGACAAAUCCUUCGCUGUAUUAAGAUUUUACUGUUUUAACAAUUACCAGUUAGUGUUUCACAGAGCUGAUUUCAUCAGCUCUACAGUGCUUGAUGUUUCAGAGUUGGCUGCAAUUUAAAGAUGAAUCCACAUUGCUAAAACAUGCAGAAUAUUACAUUAAUCACAUUAAUGUACAAUCAUUAAUUUCAUCUAUAGCAAAAAUAUGAACAAUAGCAAAUUUAACUGUACUGCUGAUUAUUUGUGGACUGUAUUUAAUGCUACAAAUAAAUGUAACUUGGAAAUUUCAAGCAUUGUCGGAUGCACAGAUGAGGCAAUGAACAUUGCAUUGUAAAUUGGGCUCCGGCUUUCGUCUGGGGAAUGCAGUGUGGAAUAAAAAUGAAUAAAGCUUA